AUGCGCAGUGAGUGCGGAGCAGCGGCUAGUGAAGGAAUGAUGGCGUCUUCGGCUGUCCGAGGCUCCUCACGCUGGAUAACAGUUAUCUUGUCCUCUGGAUCUCAUGGGGCCACCGGUGCCGGUGUCUGCGCUGGCCAUGGAGGCGUCCGUAGUAUCUCUUCCCUGGGAGCAGGAAAACUGUGUCGGGGAGGUAACCUAAUGUGUGGAGGAGCAGGGAAAGCGUUGACAUUGAAAGGGGUGUCAGGUAACAACUCCCCCUUUGCUGCCUGCACACUGUCCUUUCACACGAGUUCUCCUGCUAGCAGCAAGCAGGACUUCUACCAGACCCUCGGCGUACCUCGCACAGCCACCCAGAAAGAGAUCAAGAAAGCAUACUACCAGAUGGCCAAAAAGUAUCACCCUGACACCAACAAAGAAGACCCACAAGCCAAGGAGAAGUUUGCUAAGCUGGCUGAAGCUUACGAGAUCCUGAGUGAUGAAGGGAAGAGGAAACAGUACGAUACGUACGGCUCUACGGGCUUUGAUGCUGGUCAGGCCGGUGCAGGAGGGCAGCAGUACUGGUCGGGACAGGGCAGCAGCAGCGUGGACCCCGAGGAGCUCUUCCGCAAGAUCUUUGGGGAAUUCUCAGGAGGCCGUGGCUUUGGAGACUUCAACGCCAUAUUUGAACAGCCACAGGAGGUUAGUGGGAGACUGUGGGAGUGA